ACUCUAAAAACCACAACUGAUUUUACACAGCAGAGGGGUCUUGCCCAUAUGAGUGUGUGUUUGCCUGUGUAUCUCAUAAAGGGACCUAACAGCUUUUAAUUGGCUCCACAAAACGAAGACUCUGUCGGCAAAUCCAAAGCACAGAAACAGAAAAGCUUUUUUGGGGGGUCUCUUGGCAGCAGAAUGGCAGCGUGGGACCUUACAGUCACAGUGGAGGAUCUUGGACCGGACACCCCACCUUUCAAAAUCAGUGUGACCUCUGACCUGCACAUUGGUGGAGUUAUUCUCAAAUUAGUUGAGCAGACCAAGCUAAAGAAGGACUGGUCCGAUCAUGCCCUGUGGUGGGAGCAGAAGCAGCAGUGGUUGCUGCGGACCGGCUGGACACUGGACAAAUGUGGGGUCCACGCAGACGCUCGCCUGGUCUUCAUUCAACAGCACAAGCCUCUGCGACUGGGCUUGCCAAACGGGGCGACUCUGAAGUUGCGGGCCUGUUUCUCCAGUUCUGUGUUUCGCACUGUCGUGGGCAUCUGCAGGGUUCUCAAUAUUCGUCACCCAGAGGAGCUCUCCUUGCUCCGUCCUGUUGAAGAAAAAAAGAAAAAGAAAGACAAAGAUUCCUCAGAAGAGCUGUAUGAUCUUACAGAUGUUCCUCUAACCGCAGGUUCUGUUCAAGCUCUGUACAAUGGCAUGCCGGCUCAUUUUGCUGACUCUCCUAAGACUGAGGAGGUGUAUAAAAUGCUGUCGUUCAGUCUGCCCUCACCUGCUCCUGAAGCCAUCGCUAAACUCUACCGGCCGGCCAGUGUGGUGGACAAAACACAUAUUCACACCAGGUGGUUGGAUUCAUCUCGUUCACUAAUGCAGCAGGGAAUACAAGAGAAUGACAGACUAUGGCUUCGUUUCAAAUACUACACUUUCCAUGAUAUGGAUCCCAAGUAUGAUGUGGUGCGUUUGACGCAGUUGUAUGAGCAAGCUCGCUGGGCGAUUCUCUUGGAGGACAUAGACUGUACAGAAGAGGAAAUGAUGCUGUUUGGAGCCCUGCAGUACCACAUAGGAAAAUUGUCCUUGUCUCAGGACAUGGUCUCUUCCAGUCAAGGGAUGGAUGACUUAGAGUCUGCCCUGAAAUCCCUGGAGGUCAAGAUGGUGGGAGACAGCAACAGCACAGACAUGCUGGACAAUAUGACUGCUCCAGAGCUGAAUGACUAUUUGAAAAUAUUUCGGCCAAAGAGACUCACUCUAAAGGGUUACAAGCAGUACUGGUGCAACUUUCAGGACACAUCAAUCUCCUGUUAUAAAAGCAAAGAGGACCGCUAUGGAGAACCCAUGCAACAACUGAACCUGAAAGGCUGUGAGAUUGCCCCUGAUGUCAGUGUAGCAGGCCAGAAGUUCUGUAUCAAACUCCUCAUUCCUGCACCAGAAGGCAUGAAUGAAAUCUACUUGCGUUGUGAAAACGAGAAGCAGUAUUCUCAAUGGAUGGCCGCCUGUAAGCUGGCGUCCAAAGGCCUGACAUUAUUGGAUAGCUCCUAUCAGAAUGAAGUGAAGAACAUCCAGACAUUCCUUUCCAUGCAGCGUUCCAAUUCUUCAGCUCCUGCUGCACAAACUGAUGACAGCAUCAACACACACAGCCUCGUCUCACCAAGAUACCAAAAGAAAUACAAGCCCAAACAGUUAACCCCUCGUAUCCUGGAAGCCUUUCAGAAUGUCGCCCAGCUUUCCUUGACAUCUGCCAUCUUGAAGUUUCUGCAGAUCUGGCAAGCUCUGCCUGACUUUGGAAUUUCCUACUUCAUGGUCAGGUUUAAGGGCAGUCGUAAGGAUGAAGUCAUGGGCAUCGCUAACAACCGUCUGAUCCGUAUAGACCUGGGAGUUGGAGAUGUGGUGAAGACUUGGCGUUAUAAUAACAUGAGACAGUGGAAUGUUAAUUGGGACAUACGGCAGGUUGCAAUUGAAUUUGACGGAAACAUUAACAUAGCAUUCAGCUGUGUGAACGCAGACUGUAAGGUUGUGCACGAGUACAUCGGGGGAUACAUCUUCUUGUCUACUCGCUCACGACAGCAAAGCGACACACUGAACGAGGAGCUCUUCCACAAACUCACCGGCGGCCACGAGGCUCUCUGAGCGCAAAGCAACAACUUACAGAGAAGAAAAUCUCUGAAGCUACAAAUGGAGGAAAUUGAUAAGAAUUCUAUGUUCGCACCGCUUAGCAACUGUCCCUUUGUUUUACUUUUACUGAUCAACAUAUUAAGAAUGCUGUCUAAUAGUGAAGCAUGUUUUCCACAUCCUGUUACAUAAGCACAUCUAUGAUUCUGUAUAAAAUCAUCUCACUUAAUAUAUGACUGCCUAACUAAAAUAUAACUAAAUGAAUGCUUUAUAACUUUGUAACUUUUUUAAAACUAUCUAAAAACAAUGAAUUUUGGAAUAAAACAUGGUACCGCAGUGGUCAUUAUUAGAA